AUGAGAGUGGCGAACAGCACGAAGAGAUCCCACGCCGAAUUGGAGGAGUCUGGCAGCGCAUUCCCCAAAAAUGGCCAUCGCAACCGGCCUGGCGCCCCAAAGCACCAUGCGAAGCGGGCAAAGGUGGUUGACGACAACAUGAGCUCGAUCAAAAAACGUGCCCGAGCAAUCGAGAGGCUUUUCGCGCGAGACGCGUCAAACAUCCCUGCCGACGUACAAAAAGACCUGGAGCGGGAGUUGGCGGCCCACAAGCAGCGCAUCGCCGAGGACCGAGAGAGGAAACACAGGAGCCAGAUGAUAGGCAAAUAUCACAUGGUUCGGUUCUUUGAGCGACAAAAGGCAACGAGGCUGGCAAAGCAGCUCAGGCGGAAAUUAACACAAACCGAGGACCCCGACGAGAUAUCCAAGCUAAAGGCUCAUCUUCACAUCGCCGAGGUGGACGUGGACUAUGCCAUCUACUAUCCGUUUCUGGAGCGCUACCUCAGCCUGUAUGCCGCACCAGCUGCCGAGGCAAAGGACGACGAGAAGCCCACGGCAGUGCAUGCGCUGGAUACUCCUCGACCGCCCAUGUGGUAUGAAAUCGAGAAGACCAGGGGAUACGGCAAGGCCGCUCUCGAGAAGAUCCAAAACAGACGCUCGGAACAAGACGCAUCACCAAAGCCUUCGUCACGACCAGCCAAGGCUGUAUCUGCUGUGGGGAAGCAGCAGCCUGCUGCUGGUGCAGGCCCCUCGUCAGCGCGGAAGGCGAUUGGGCCCGACACGUCGGCGAUGAACCGGAGGGAGAGAAGAGCUGCGAUGCGGAACGACAAGGCCUCUGGCAAGGCAGCCGAUGGCGACGAUAGUGGCAGUGAAGGAGGCGGAUUCUUCGAGGAAGACUAA